AUGCGACACUCAGCCAAGCUUCUCCGGUUCCUACACUCAUCAAUUUUCACCACUAGCGAGAGAGCAGUAGAACAGAAUUGCCUCUCUCUUCUCCAACUCUGCAACUCUCUGCCAAAACUCACUCAAUUUCAUGCUCAACUUGUUAAAGUUGGUCUCCAUGCUAAUCCUUUAGUCCUCACUAAGUUCACCUCCGUUUCCUCUCAUCUCAAAGCCGUUCACUAUGCUUCCUCCGUCAUUUUCUCCCCAGAACCCACUUCCCAGUGUUAUGAUACCUUCCUUUUCAACACCUUCAUCAAAGCAUAUGCAGAGACUGAAAAUUCCAAGCACACUGCUAUACAUUACUACACAUUUAUGCUUAGCUAUGGGAUUAGGCCUAAUAAGUACACAUACCCUUUCGUUCUUAAGGCCUGUGCUGGCAUUGUGGACUUGCGUUUAGGCCAAGCGGUUCAUGGAUCGGUUGUGAGACUAGGGUUUAGUUAUGAUACUCAUGUUCUGAACACUAUGGUUCAUAUGUAUUGUAGUUGUAAAAAUGGAAUUGAUUUUGGCGAGAAGUUGUUUGAUGAAAUGCCCAAGUGUAAUCCAGCUAAGAUACCUCAACUUGGAUUAAAUAAGUCUAAAGUCAAUACGAUAAAUCCGGAGUUUUCUUUGAGGCCAUUUCGCCACUCCACCGUAUUCGUAACGGCACGCAAUUUCCACACUUAA